UGGGAUUGUAAAAUAACUCUAUAAAAAAAUUGUCAAGAGGUUAGCAGACUUUUGCAAGGUACUGUAUGAAAUUCUGCUUUAUUGAUCCUCAGGUUCUUGUCUGAUAAAGAGAUUCAAACAUUUCAUUUUAUCAAUGUGUUAAAAGCGAUAAAUUCAGAAUCAAGCUCAGAGAAUCCAAACAAUCAUUUCGACUAUUUCUGGCACUCUAUUGUUUUCUGUGUGUUGCCCCUGAAAAAAAUAAAACAAUCUUAACAGAUUCCAAUCGGAUGUGUGUGCAACAUUUUAUAUCCCAUCAGAGUUUUAGGGAGGUAAUCUUUAUAGGGAAAUGCAUAACCUACAGUCAUACAAGAACAAAGAGCAACUGAAUUGACAUAAAUUAACCUAUUGAGCAUCAGUGAUAGCCUAAUGCUUACAAAUAUAUUAGAUAUUUAUAGUAGUAAAUAGUUACAGUAAAAACGGAGUAAAUAUAAAAAUAAAUACAGAGUAAAUAUAAGAGACCUUCUAGACCCCUCAGUCCAAUGAAGUUCAGUUACAGCAGAUAAUGCUAAUCGUUUCCGCUUUUGUUUUCUACUCAAAGUCCUGAGGUUCUUGGAAGGCUGCACUCAUCCAAUUAAAGCGUUAUCUCUCCUUUGGGCUUAAAGAUUAGGAGCGGACUCUACAUUGAGUUUCAGACAGAAAUCAAAGGUGCUUCAGGUGCUGUCGGUCAAACAUCUUCUCCCGCCGUUGGUUUCGCCGCCACUUCUCGGCAGGAUCCGCGGCAGAAAAAUCACAGUCCUCUAAAGGAGGAGCGAUGGGUUCCUACAGCUCAAACCUGGAUGACGUCUUGGAGGAGGACAUGCACCACUGGUACACAAAAUUCAUGAGGGAAUCGCCAUCGGGACUCAUCACUCUGUUUGAGCUGAAGACGAUGCUUGACAUGAACGGUAUGACGGAGGAGGCCAGCAGCUAUGUGGACCAGGUUUUCCUUACCUUUGAUAUGGAUGGGGAUGGCUAUUUAGACUUCGUGGAGUACAUCGCUGCUAUAAGUUUAUUGCUGAAGGGAGAAGUAAAUCAGAAAUUAAAAUGGUACUUUAAGCUUUUUGAUCAAGACGGAAAUGGGAAAAUUGACAAGGAUGAACUGGAAACGAUAUUCAAGGCUAUUCAAGAUAUCACCAGAAGUUAUGAGAUCCCCCCAGAGGAGAUUGUGACUCUUAUAUACGAGAAGAUUGACGUCAAAGGAGAAGGCGAGCUGACGCUGGAGGAGUUCAUCAGCGGAGCAAAGGAGCAUCCUGACAUCAUGGACAUGCUCACGAGAAUGAUGGAUCUCACAAAUGUCUUGGAAAUCAUAAUCAAGGGUCAGAGGAGGAAUGCUGUGAAUUGAGAUACAAUUCACCAAAAUGGAUUUUUGCUGAAUUAUGCACUAUUAAAAAAAAAAAAGACUGAAAGAUUUCAACACAAUCUCUGACAGCACAUUAGAUGGCAGAGAAAUCCCUUUCAUUUCCUCUGCCGGUGCCUGCAAAGCUUUACUUACAGUCUUGAGUUAAGAGUAUAACAUUUUUGCAAGAGAUUCUGGGAAUGGUUACCAUCAUGGUUCCAGUCUGUGCAAAGUAUGGAGGAAAUUCCCUUUAAUUACAAUUCCAGCUCAUCGAGCUUGUAAUGAAGUGCUGAUGUCUUCAUAUGCAGAAUGAGAGCUGUCAGCCUGAACUGCCCUUCCAUGCAUUUUACCUUGACUGUAUUCUCAAUUCAAAGCAAACAUAUUGAGAUUACACUGAAUUCCUAACAGCUCAGCUGAAGACUGCAGCUGUUGCUUCGGUUACUCGCCGGGAUCCUUUUCAUUGUUGGUUCUUUGGGUUAAAAAUUGAAACAGUGGCCAGAGGCGCAGGACAUGUACAUACAGGACAUGUCAUAUAUUUUAGCAUGUUUUGCCAUUAUUGAGAUGACAGCGAUGCCUUUAUGAUCCAUACGAUGUUUAUGGAAAAAUUGUUUCGCUUUUUAAAAGACUAGACGAUACAAUGGUCCAGGUUGAAAUCCGGGUGUGAAACUUUCUUGUUUAAACCUGCAAAAGCUGAAAUGAAAUAUCUGAGUGUCUUAUUCUUCUUCUUCUUCUUGUUUACAACAUUGUUCUGUUCAAAUGUGAAUCUGAGGCAAUAUUAUGCUAGAAAUACGGAACAUUUGAAACAAACAUAUUUGUUAUUUUUCUGUCUGCAAGAGGUAUCAACAUUAGUAUUUAAAACAGUCUGUGAAUACAAUUUAAACGGCUUUUUAAAGUCAGGUCAUAAGGAAUAGUGAUUUUAGCUGAAGAAGAGAAUUUUCCGGUGUUUUAAUUUAGCAAUAAAUCCAGAUUUGUUGAAUCUGGAGGCUGAAGCUGACGAGUAGUCAGAGAUGGGCUGAGAUCGCAGCAGACUUCUACUGUCUUUAAUCCUAAACACUUCAUCGCAAUCACAAAAGCAAUUUAUUUAAUGAACCUCUAAACCAUUGUCCCCUUUACAUUAGGUAAUUUAUUACAGAGGAAAUGGAGAAAGGAGGCAGCAUGUGACUCUAUUCCUGUGUCUGUUGUGGGUCUUGCAUAAAUGGAAUCCUUGGAAAGUCCCUCUUUUGACACCAUCUGGAGCCCAUUAAAAAAAUAUAGUAUAAUAAUACUCUCUCAGACUAGCUGCUGGCUUCAGCUUCUGGGACCAACUAUUCUGUAUUUAGAUUUGAUGCAGAUGCCAAGAAAUGUACCAACUGAGGGUAGGGUAUUAGCUACUUUUAAUCUCUGAACAGAACCUCACUUAAAAAAAAUCCAAAACUAUCACUUUAAGACUUUUUUUAAUCUGAAAGAGCUCCAGGUUUCCCUCUUGUGACCAGUUUAAACUAUUACAAAGCAUUUGUUCUUUUUUUAGUGAAGGUAAUUGACUUGUUCGUGUCCAUCAUGUGUUUUUGUCACUCUGUCACUAUUUAAAGCAGGUUUUUACCAUUAUAAAAAGGUUGAAUGUGUGAACAUGUAAAUAGCACAACACUAACAUUUGUUUAGAACACGUUUAAAAUCCCAACGUCAUACAUUGGACUGUCUACAACCCUAAAAACACUUCCAGGCACAGUGACUUCCUGGAUUUUCUUUUCUUAUAUUUCAAGUUUAGUUUUUAAACACUAUCCACGCUAUUUUUCUUUGCAAAAUGAAGAUUUGGGUCAAUAUAAACUCGUUGCCCAUGCUCUAAGGUCAUUCAAACAUCAUGCUCGCCAUGGUUAAUGAUUUCAGAGGUACAUAUUGGUGCUUGCAGCUAAAAAAAUUAGAAAGUCUCAGACUCUGUGUGUUGUUCAAAGUAAAUAAAGAUAAGGGUUGACUCCAAAUAGCACCCAUAUGUUGCCUAAAUAUAUCGGAUGAUGCAAUUACGUAAGCACACUGAUCAACCCACCUCUACUCGUCGUUUAAAACGCAGCCUCUCCCUGCAGCUUUGCACUGCAUGCCAACUGUCUGCCACCACAGCCCAGGUCCAGCCGUCCACCUCCACUGGAACCAUGCAGUCUCCUGAAGCCAAGUUCAACAGAAACAGCUUGUUCCUGACGCUGAAGAGCUACAGCUCGGCCGUCAGCGACAUGGAGAAGACCAUCCUCUUGCCAAGCCUGCUGCGAGACGUCCCUUCCGACUGUGAGGCAGCGGACGAGACCUGCAGAGAUCUCUAUGCCAACUACAUGAUGCUGAAGGCCAUUCGAAACACAGCGGAGAGCAGCCUGGUGAGCCUGGAUGAUCACAAGACGAAGAACACCAACACCACCACCACCAAGGCCCUGGAACCUUUCCUGGACGCCGACUCUGAAGCAUUAUUUCUCUUCCAUCUGAGAGGACUGUUUUCUGUGAUGAGCGACCUCACAAAGAAGACCCGGAGCCUCACAGAGAAAUACUUGGACAUACUCGGAUUGACAAACUAAUGUCAAAGCAUUUGUCUGUGGACAUUAAGCCACGUGUUUCUCACGGCUGCAGGUUUUAAGCGAGCUGAAAGUUUAAACUUACUGAAUAUGGAAUAAAUGUACUUGGGCAAAACUGA